GGUAAUGAAAAAAAUACGAUCAAACUCGUCGUUUUGUUUGUUUAGUAUUGACAGUCGAGACGCGUGUAUUUCCCUCCGAAGAAGAUAAGAUGAUAAGAAAUUUGCACUCGUCGUCUUGCACAAUUUUUCUGGUAUCUGGCAUUACUUUGGGGAUAAAAACGCCCGCAGAGUUCACUCGGCGUCCGGAUCCAUCGGUCGAAGCUCCUCAGAAAAAAAACUAAAAAUAUCAUAGAUCAGCGAAUUUCGGAAGUCUGAGGGAAGAAAUGUCCAAGUACAUCGUCGUCGUCGGCUCCUGCAUGAUUGACUUCACCAGUUAUUCACCCCGAUUGCCUAAACCUGGUGAAACACUGAUUGGAACAGACUUCAGGAGGACAGUUGGAGGAAAGGGGGCGAAUCAAUGUGUCUCUGCAGCAAAGCUUGGCGCAGAAACAGCCAUUGUUGCAUCGCUGGGUUCUGACAUCUUCGGUAAGGAGUACCUGGACAUCCUGAAGUCCAACAAAGUCAAUACUCAGCACGUGAAAGUACGAGAGAACGUCACAAGUGGAAUUGCUCACAUAACAGUAGCUGAAAGUGGAGAGAAUAGCAUAGUGAUAGUCGUCGGAGCGAACGCCCUACUGAGCCCCAGCGACGUGGACGAGGCCGAAAAAACAAUAAAAAAUGCCUCAGUGCUGCUCGCACAAUUCGAAACGAGUCUGGACACCACUCUGCACGCAUUGAAACUCUACAAAGGCUGCGGAAUUUCAAUUGUCAAUGGCGCACCCGCUGUUGCUAAUCCCAACCCUGAGAUUCUGAAGAACUGUGAUAUUUUUUGUGUCAAUGAGACUGAGGCAGAACUCAUGACAGGAAUCGACCGUCUAACCCUGGAAAAUGUCCAAAGUGCCUUGAAUAUUCUCUUCGAAAAGGAUUGUAACACUGUCAUAAUAACAUUAGGUGCUUCUGGUGCUGUUUUUGCAACUAAAAUAUCUCAAACCUUAACCCAUGUACCAGUGGAGCCUGUCACCCCUGUAGACACAACGGGGGCUGGAGAUGCAUUUUUGGGGGCUCUAGGGUUCUUCCUGGCUUACUACCCUCAGUUAUCCCUGAAGGAACAGAUCAGUAGAGCCUGUCAAGUUGCCAGACAGAGUGUACUUAAACCAGGGACACAACCGAGCUUUCCCACACGUGAACAAUUGCCUAAAGAACUGUUUCUCUGAGGCAACUCCCAAGUGUACUUAUAACGUCAUUCUUUCUCACUUUAUUUUACUCCCGUGAAGUACAUGGUAAUGCCCUCACCUCCAUGAAGUAAUUAUUUGAAAAAAAAAUGAUAAUAAAAAAAAAUU